CGGUGAUGCAGAGCGACUUCCGGCGUGGCUGCUCUGGCUUUUUCCCUUUUCUUCCGGAGGAGGAAAGAAAAACAGAGGAAGGAAAACCGGAGACGGAGCCCGGCGGCGGCACUGGCACCGGCACUGGCAGCGGCACCGGCCACUGGCACCGGCACUGGCAACGGCACUGGCAACGGCACUGGCACCGGCACCGGCGGCGGCACUGGCACUCGGUGAGGCGGCGCCCGGCCGGCCGGCGGGGAGAAGGGUCCCUGAGAUCAAUCCAUGUUGGUCAUACCGUGGCAAAACAAAUCAUCUUUUAAACACUCUGAUGUUUGUUUCUACAUCGCCAAUGUGAAUGAGAAGCAUCCAUGAAGACGGAAGGACUUAAUUUGUUUUCUGGCAAUAAGGGGAUGGGCGGCUAUGGGAUCUGAAGACAGCCAUGCUGUUCAAUGACUGCUUUCACCCGCACUAAAGGACCUAGCAUUGCCCACCACAUUGGCAGCUUUAACACAACUGCUCUGGACUUCCAUCGUUCAGCCGUCACCAAGCUGCUGCCAUGGAAUCUGGUCGGACAAGUAGAGAGCGAGAGAAGGAGAAAGUUGAUGAAAGUCGGCGACCGAGCAAGCAGUCUGGACGCAGUCCAUAUGGCACCCGCCCCGGCUCCAACCAGUCGGGGGUUCUUAUGGUUGGACCGAAUUUUAGGGUCGGUAAGAAGAUUGGAUGUGGCAAUUUUGGAGAACUUCGAUUAGGCAAAAAUCUCUACACGAAUGAGUAUGUAGCAAUCAAACUGGAACCGAUCAAGUCACGCGCGCCACAGCUUCAUCUAGAAUACAGGUUUUACAAGCAACUCGGGAGCACAGCUGAAGGAAUGCCUCAGGUUUAUUACUUUGGACCAUGUAGUAAAUAUAACGCCAUGGUACUGGAGCUGCUCGGACCAAGUCUGGAGGACCUCUUUGAUGUAUGUGACCGAGCUUUCACACUGAAGACUGUGUUAAUGAUCGCCAUUCAGCUGCUGAACCGAAUGGAGUUUGUCCACUCAAAGAGCUUAAUCUACAGAGACGUCAAGCCAGAAAACUUUCUAAUUGGAAGGCAAGGCAAUAAAAAGGAUCACAUAAUCCAUAUAAUAGACUUUGGUUUAGCCAAGGAAUAUAUUGAUUCUGAUACCAAAAAGCACAUCCCUUACAGGGAACACAAGAGCUUAACUGGAACAGCAAGAUAUAUGUCUAUCAACACACAUCUGGGAAAAGAACAAAGUCGCAGGGAUGACUUGGAGGCUUUAGGACACAUGUUUAUGUAUUUUCUACGAGGAAGCCUCCCCUGGCAGGGACUAAAGGCAGAAACGUUGAAAGAACGCUAUCAGAAAAUUGGGGACACAAAGCGAAACACUCCGAUUGAAGUUCUCUGUGAGAGCUUCCCAGAGGAGAUGGCAACAUACCUCCGCUAUGUGAGGCGAUUAGACUUCUUCGAGAAACCAGACUACCAGUAUUUACGUACACUAUUUACAGAUCUCUUUGAAUCCAAAGGCUAUGCCUUUGAUUAUGCAUACGACUGGGUUGGCAGGCAAAUACCCACGGCAAUCGGAUCCAGCCAACCAGAUCACGGAGGCAGAGAUAGCCAUGCACAUCGGGAUAAAGCCACAUUGCAGCAACCACUUCGAAACCAGACAGGAGCAGCCGAUCGCAGAGGAGCAUGGGAAAUUCAGCCCAAUCGGCAGCAAAACCCUUCCUUCCUGACCACCACCCAGCUGACGUCAGACAGACACGGGGGCUCUGUCCAGGUGGUUAGCUCAACCAACGGCGAGCUUAACAUUGACGAUCCAACUGCGGCACACUCCAGUGCACCGAUUACAACUCAACCAGAGGUGGAAACUUCAGAAGAUACCAACUGCAUCAAAGUGCUCAACAUGUGGUGCUGCUGUUUUUUCAGGAGGAAAAGGAAGAAGAGCAACAGUCGACACAAAUGACUGCAGCUCUCCACGGACUGCGAGGCACUCCUUGCAUGUUCAACUCCCUUCAUUUCAGACGAAAACGCCACCUGACUGGUUGAGAAGCUUCAGACUGAUGACCUUUGUUUUUGUUUCGGUUUUUUUGCCUGUGCCUACAUGUUCCUCCGACUGGGAAAAAGGAUCCUUCUCUCCUUCGACACUCAGGCUCAAUUGCACUUCUUCACGCGACGGAUUUUCCCCUUCCCUCCCUCCACCCCAACGCUGUGGGAGAUGGGCCAGGCACCCAAACAACUCCCCCCCACCCCCCGGGCUUUUCCUGUUUUCCCAGCCGCGGAGAGACGGAUGGGGGAGGAGACGACCCCGGGAGAUUAGUCCCGCCACAAACCGAGAGGCUGGAAAACUUGUGGGUGCAAACAGACUCUAUGCAGAGACACCCACCUGGAGCAGGAGAAGACGGCCAAACUGACAAUGGCAGCACAGGUGGAAGGAAAUAGGUGCAUUUGUUGCAAAAAAAAAUGGUUGUUCUAUUUUGUGAUGUAGCAUACAAGCUGUGAGAAACUUACAAUCUAUGUUUUUUUUCUUUUUUUUUUGCCAAGCCAUCCCAUGCCCCAUCCCACCUCUCCACCCGACUAUUAAGCCUUUUCUUGACCUUGUUUGGAUCUUUCCAGGUGCCGCCAGAUGUGUUUUGUGCAUGCUGUCUGAAAUCAUUUUUAAGAGGAAGAGGUAGGCUCUUUUUGCUUUAAGGUGCACUUAAUGUAGGAGCGGUGUGUGCGCGGGUUGCGUGUGUGUGUGUGUGUGCGCGCGCGUGCGAUCUCUCACUGGUAUCUGAUAUCGAUCAAAGAUCAAGCCCAUUGUGGAUAGUAAACACACACUGGCUGCUGCAGUAAUCUCCAAGCCAGUACUGCCACUUUUAAAUGUGUUUUUUAGUUGAAAUCUUGACGUUUAUAUCCAAAGAGCUGUGUUUCUAUGGAAACAAUACAAAGUGGAACAGCAUUAAUUCCCCCCUGAGAUUUUUAUUUAUUUUUAAGUGGGAUGUCUAGAAAUGUCACGAGCCGUCAACGAGCAUCUGAUUUUAAGGACUGCUGCAAAUCGGUUGCCAAAAAUGAAUGAACAGCUCAUUACAUGUUUGAGGUAGUUUCACUGGAUUUAAUAAAACAAGUAGGUAUUCGCACUGCAGAGGAGGUGUCCUCUCAAGGAACACACUUCCCACCUCAGCCAGGAACACUUUAAGCUUUUCCCAGCCCAUCUCCCCUCCUUGCGGUAAACGUACAACUGGUCUUAAUCUUUCUAGGGUCCCGUAGAGUAGCGUUCUUUUGAUAACCUGCAGAUGCCGACUUGAAACGAAUGAACCUAUUGGGCGAGUGGGGGCAGGCUUUCCCACUGAUUAGACAGGAGGCGUGUGUGUGAGGGUGGGUGGGAGUGGGAGGGGAGGGUAGGGGGGAGGGGGGGGAUUGUUAAACAGAGGACUUACCCUCUGGUCUACUCUGAAAUUAGAUUCUUAAGCAUGACCCCGCACCUGCUGGUCAGUGACUGCGGGGGACUUUUCUUUUUUGUUUUGCUUAAGGCAGCUGUAUCCUCAGGAAGCCGCAAAGUGCCUGUGGCUUUACUCACCACCCUCGUACCGCCCUGCCGCAAGGCUGGCCAAGCCUCGGGCGUUCUGCAGGCGUACGUGCGGAAACUGACCAUUGGCCGGAAAACGGUCCUCUUGUUUUACAAGGGGGUUUAAAAAAAAAAAAAAAAAAAGCCCAUUAAGCCGACGCAUCGCACGGAUGCAGAUUGAGCGUUGUGACGUUGCCAGAACGUGAAGCCUGACCGCUAGGCCUUGGCACAGUUUUCGGAGAUUAACCAUGCCACACAAGGGACUUGAGCUGCGUAUAAUUCCGUAGUUUCUUUAGCGAUGUGAACACAACCAAAGCACUUCCAAAAUGCAGUGAGCUCAUCAAGAUGAAGUUCGGGAUAGUCCUGCCCAUAAGUAUGUGGUUCAUUGCAGUGUACCAUGUUAUCAUUAUUAGCCGUAGCAUCCUAAAGCUCUUAUUUCUCCCCCUGCGGUUGAAAUGAUGCAAUAUCACUUUUGGACUUUGAGGCCCAGCGCAGUUGAGAAAUCCAAAUUAACACACCAAGGUAUGGAGCGCCCUGAAGAAAGAUCUGUAGGUCAGACACCCAUCGGUCUUUGCUUGCAAUUCUGCAUUUGUGAAUUGUCGGGAGAAAUAUUUAUGUCGACCUGGGAUAAAAGCACGCUUUGCACCCUGAAAUUCUCGACUGACACAGUUUUCUCCAUCUGGGUGCAUGUCCCAAGGCUGCUCAACGCUUUAGCCCUGCAACCUCCUGUUGUAAGUAGGAUGCAACAGCAAGCCAUACAUUCCGCAGCAUAGGAAGAAAAGGCUGGCUUUGGUCAUCUUGUGUUGCCAUACGCACUCUUUAAUUUGCCCUGGAGUUUAGAUUUAGCAGACUGAAGCGCAGCACUGUGCUCAGGGUCUGGAAGGAAGCGAUCUCGAGUAACAUUCUCAAGAGGUGUGUAACUAUUUGAAUGUCCGUUUGUGGAGUCAUCAUGCAAAAAAUGUUAACACUUACCUGUUGAAUAUUCUGCUCUUUUGAACUGAAAAAAGUUGCUGGUUACCAGAUGUGCGGAGCAACGCUGCUCUAAUUGAUUGUUGGAAAGUAAUUAGAAUUGAAAAGUGUGGGCAGUGGGGGAAAUGAAAUACAGUUUUGUAGAGAGACCAGCGUCACAGUGUUCUGAACUCAACGGUUCACACAUGCAGUCCGUUUCCCUGGCCAGUAACACAUACGCCAAGCAUCUCUCCCUCUUUCCGAGUUGGAGAGUCAACAAACAAUGAGCAGCUAGUUCCAGUCGAGAGUUUGCACUGCACAGACUGCUCUGGUAUGGACAGUUCCCAUCUGAAUUAUCCACACAUUCUGCCAGGCUGCCAGGUUAGCUUCUUAGUGCAACCAUCUCCAUACCAUUCUGUUUACUAAAUGGGAACAAACUACUCUUUAAUUCAGAAUUGCAUAACUUGAAUUUUGUUAGAGCAACAUUUAUUUCAAUAAAAUUGUCUCCUGUGUAGUUUUA